AUGGAAUUAUUUAAAAUCGCAGUUUUAAUUGCUUUUGGAGCAUUUUUCAUCAACUCUAUUAGUGCUCAAGACGCACUUUGUCUAAAUGAUGGUUUUAAUGAAGAUCCAGCGGCUUGUGAUAAGUUCCAUAAUUGCUCGGGCGGCGUAGUUGUCCAGAGCUUCGAAUGCAAGAACGGUUUAGUAUUUUAUGCUUCAGAUCCGCAAAGCAACGUUCAUGGCCAAUGCGUUCAUUACGUUCCCGAAACCUCGAAAUGCGGCUCACGAACUCCUCCCGCCGAAACGAACCCACAUCAGAACUGCAAAUACCUCGAAACGUACGGUCGUUACAACGACAACUGCUCUCAAUUCUGCAUUUGCUCGUGCGGCAAUCCCAGUUUCUACUUCGAGUGUCCCGAACCGUUAGUUUUCAAUCCCGAGAGAUUCGCCUGCGAUUGGACCGACCAAGUCGAAGAUCCCCAAUGUUGGGUUUAUCAAGAAAUUGCCGCUGCCACGAACAAUGCCGUGUGCCCGCCAGAAACUGAGGAAGAAUGUUCCGGAGCGCAACAAUUAUAUUUCGCUAGCCAGAGGUACUGCAACGACUAUUACCACUGCAAAAACGGAAAAAUGCGUUGGGAAAUUUGCGGAAACCAAACUUUGUUCAAUAGCGAGACAAAUCGAUGCGAAAAUGCAACUGCAGUUUAUGAAGCCGGAUUAUGUGGCAAUAAGGCUUUGCGAUAUGAGUUAGUAGCUACUACUGAGCCAUCUUCUACUCCCGGAACUUCUUCUACUACUCCAUCGUCAACUACAAGUACAACUACUGAAUCCACUACUCCAAGCACUACUCCAAGUACUACUCCAAGUACUACUAGUUCUACUACUUCAAGUACUACUAGCUCUACUACUACAUCUACUACUACACCUACUACUACAUCUACUACUACCGAAGCCCCUGAAGUUCCUGAGGAAUAA